AUGCUGCUUGCUGCUUUGCUGUCCUCCGAGUGCGGCGAGAUUAUGGCGGGAUCCCUGAGCCACCACUGGGUGUGGGCCGGUCGUCGGCUGGUCUGGAGCGCCUUCCCGCUGGCUGAUCUGCUAGGUUCGGACAAGUGA